AUACGAAGAUAAUAAAGGUAAUGAAAAGUCAGUCACGCUGGACAUCUCUCAAGAGAUAAGCAAAAAGUUAGAAUUAAGUGUUGAGGAAGAAUUUUAUGUAGCAGAAGAAUUAUUAAAUCAGAAAGAGAUAGAAGGGGGUAUCACCCUUGAAAAUGAAGGUGACAUAUUUUUACAAAGACAUUUAAUUCAGGAAGAAACUAAUAAAGGAAAAAUUGCUGGAACUGCUGGCGGAGUUGGAGCGGGAGCCUUGGGUGGAGCUGCAUUAGGUGCUGGUGCAAUGGCUGCUCUUGCUCCAUGA